UGGCUGCCGGAGUAGGUAUGCAUCCAGCACGAACUUGAACCCUCUCUUCUACCCAAACCAAGCAUUCCACCCUCCCCUUUCCACCCAAGCCAUGGUUCCUAUCCAGAUGAUCCACGUCCACUACCAGGAGAGGUACCUCAACCUUCUAGACUCCGACGACCGCACCCCUCUAUACCGCGUGCGGGUGUCUCGCGAGGUACCCCAGAUGCAGAUGGUCCAUCUGGGACCCAACUCCGGUGAACUGGCGCGGCGAAGUAGCGCAUCCUUCAAGUUGACCAGCUUCGAGGUGACCCUAGCCAUCGACGGCACCAAGAUCCGCCUAGAGCGUCACAGUCUCUGGUCGCGAACUUACCGGUUCCAGAGUCGAGAGAGCCAGUCAAUGCUCAUGUGGGAAUCGGAUGGAGCUGUCACGGGAGACUUCCAGCUGGUGGAUUCUGGGAGCCAGGUCCUAUGUCGCUUUCGAAAUAAACUGCUCUCAACAUCCGAGGUGGGGUCGUUCGAGAUCGUCGGCGAGAUGUCGGACGCGCUGAAGGAAGAGAUACUCAUCAGUGGACUGGCCGUGCUCGCCAUGGUGCAAAGUCUGAACCUAGCGACGAUGAUCACCAUCGGAUGAACUGAAGAGCUGGAGGAUUUGUGGAGUGACGAGGGAUCAUCAGGUGGUUUGUCCCCC